AUGCCCUCCUCCGUGAGCGCCCUGGGGGCGCCCCGGCGCCCGCCCCCCGAGGGGUGCUGCUCCCCCGCGGCUGUGCAGAGGCGGCUGCCCCUCCUGGCCUGGCUGCCCGACUACUCGGCGCGGCAGCUGCGCAUGGACCUCAUCGCCGGGCUCUCCGUGGGCCUCACCGUCAUCCCCCAGGCGCUGGCCUACGCCGAGGUGGCUGGACUCCCGCCCCAGUACGGCCUCUACUCGGCCUUCAUGGGCUGCUUCGUGUACUUCUUCCUGGGCACGUCCCGGGACGUGACCCUGGGCCCCACGGCCAUCAUGUCCCUCCUGGUCUCCUUCUACACGUUCCGCGAGCCCGCGUACGCCGUGCUGCUGGCCUUCCUGACGGGCUGCAUCCAGCUGGCCAUGGGCUUCCUGCGUCUGGGGUUCAUGCUGGACUUCAUCUCCUGUCCGGUCAUUAAAGGCUUCACCUCCGCUGCGGCCAUCACCAUAGGCUUUGGGCAGGUCAAGAACCUCCUGGGCCUGCAGGGCGUCCCCAGGGAGUUCUUCCUGCAGGUGUACCACACUUUCCGCAAGGUCGGGGAGACCAGGGUGGGCGACACAGUGCUGGGGCUGGUCUGCAUGGCGCUGCUGCUCGUGCUGAAGCUGAUGCGGGACCACAUCCCUCCCGUCCACCCCGAGAUGCCCCCCGGGGUGCGGCUCAGCCACAGCCUGGUCUGGACGGCCACCACAGCUCGCAACGCCCUGGUGGUCUCCUUCGCCGCCCUGGUGGCGUACUCCUUCGAGGUGACCGGAUACCAGCCUUUCGUGCUGACCGGGGAGACGGCCGAGGGGCUCCCGCCCGUGCGGGUCCCGCCCUUCUCAGUGCCGACCGCCAACGGGACGAUCUCCUUCACCGAGAUGGUACAGGACAUGGGCGUGGGGCUGGCCGUGGUGCCCCUGAUAGGCAUCCUGGAGAGCAUCGCGGUGGCCAAGUCCUUUGCGUCCCAGAACGACUACCGCGUGGACGCCAACCAGGAGCUGCUGGCCAUCGGCCUCACCAACUUGCUGGGCUCCCUCGUGUCCGCCUACCCGGUCACCGGCAGCUUCGGACGGACGGCGGUGAACGCCCAGUCGGGGGUGUGCACCCCAGCAGGGGGCCUGGUGACCGGCACGCUGGUGCUGCUGUCACUGAGCUACCUGACCUCGCUGUUCUACUACAUCCCCAAGUCCGCGCUGGCCGCCGUCAUCAUCAUGGCCGUGGCCCCCCUGUUUGACACCAAGAUCUUCCAGACACUCUGGCGCGUCAAGAGGCUGGACCUGCUGCCCCUGUGCGUGACCUUCCUGCUGUGCUUCUGGGAGGUGCAGUACGGCAUCCUGGCGGGGGCCCUGGUGUCCGUGCUGCUGCUGCUGCACGCCGCGGCCAGACCCAGGAUACAGGUGACCGAGGGGCCAGUGCUGGUCCUGCAGCCAGCCAGCGGCCUGUACUUCCCCGCCGUGGAGACGCUCCGGGAGGCGAUCCUGAGCCGGGCCCUGGAAGCGUUCCCCCCACGCCACGUGGUCCUGGACUGCGCCCAUGUCUGCAGCGUCGACUACACCGUGGUGCUGGGGCUCCGGGAGCUCCUGGGUGACCUCCAGAAACGGGGCGCCAGCCUGGCCUUUGUGGGCCUGCAGGUGCCCGUCCUCCGCAUCCUGCUCUCCGCUGACCUGAAGGGCGUCCAGUACUUCUCCAGCCUGGAAGAAGCAGAGAAGCUCCUGCAGCAAGAGCCGGGGGCCCAGCCCUACAGCGUCGGCGAGGAGCCCCUCCCGGAGCACAAGGUCGCCCUGCUGCGGGCCUGACCGGGCGCUUGGAGGCCUGCGGCGGGUUCCAGACGCGCCAGUGGACGGACGCUCUGCCUGGCGGGCCCCAGGGACGCGGGCUGCUCCCGGGAUGACUGAAAAAUCACCUCCCGCUCCCGGCACGCUCCGGCUGUGUAAUGGUUGGGAGAGAACCUUCUAGAAGGCCAGCAGGGCGGAAGGAAGGAGCAGGAGAUUCCCGCCCGGGCGGGGCCUUGCACGCAGCGCCUGUCUGGCUGCAGCGCCCCCGGUUCCGGCCGGUGGGGCGGGGGGCGCGGGCCUGGGACUUGGGUUGGGCCCUCAGUGGCGGGGAAGGCCUCGGCGGCCGCGUGACCUCGUGUCUGUGAGAAGUGAUUCUUCUGUGUGUGUGUCGAGCUCCGUGUCGUUGGUGUGUGUGUGUCCAGCUGUUCUGUGACGUCGUCAGUGCUUGUUGUGAAAACGAGACGCCCCCCCCACCCGUGACCGGCCCUCGUGCGGCGGCGGGCGGCCCCUGCGUGUGCGCCACCCCCGUUGAUGGGCCUCCCUCGCGCUGCCGUGACCCCGCUCACGCGUCUCGCCGUGCCCUCCCGUGACAAUAAACAAGGCGUGCCUGUG